AUGAACCCCUUGCAGGAGUCUUACCGAUGUCUGGGUCUGGCCUCGCCUGGUACAGACCCCACGACGCAGGAUCAGAUUGAUGUCUCGCAUGAUGGUAUGGAAAUAUCGGACGAGUCAGAAAAUGAUGAGAACGGCCCAGCAUCGCAAGAAAGACCGCCUGCUAAUCCUACACGUGCCCGGGCUCCUCGUCUACGUGUCCAAGCUUCGGGUGCUCGUACUCGUGCCCCUGCUGUCCCUUCUACACCUGUUGCUCCUGCUCCAGCCAACUCUUCUAAGCCAACUCGCCAGUUGAGAUCAUCACUUCCCAAAAUGCGGCGUUCAGAUGAGCGCUUCUUGUUGCCUGAAUUCCGUUACAAUGUGAUGACCAACGCCUCAAUAUAUGAGUCACUUAAGUCAUACCUUGUGAGCCUGGGGGAAACAGAAGAUGGGACAUUUCCAUGGUGGAGGGUUAUCCAAGACUUUGUGCACUUGUAUUUUGAACACUUUGACCAUGAAUACCCCGUGGUUCACCCAUAUGCUUUAGAAUUCGGACAUGACAAAACCUCAUGGAUGGUACUUUUAGCUGUGGUCACUGUUGGGAGUCAAUAUAGCGCUUUCGGCAAUGCCAGUCAGUUUUCAGCAUCCUUCGGGGAGAUCCUGUCUCAGGCAAUAGAACAAAACCGGCCUCAAUCACCCGAGUCAACAACUUUAUCCUAUGCACAAAGCGUAUUCCUCAAUGACGUCUCCCUGAUGUUUGGCGGGUCGCACAAAGCCCAGUUAAAGCUGCAGUAUGAGCGAAAUGUUCUUGUCACCUUGGCUCGUGUCUUGAAGGUUGAUCUAUGUAUGAAAUCAAAAGCGUCACAAGCUCCAACACAAUGGAGAGCUUGGCUGGCAAGAGAAUCUCGUAUACGUCUACUUCAUUGUAUCUUUCAACUUGAAUGUCUUCAGCUCGUCUUCUUCGAUCGUCAGCCAAUAUUUGGACAGCAUGAACUCCCCGAGGAGUUCCCCUGUCGCCAAUCACUGUGGUGUCGCAGGAAUGCUGACAAUUUCCUUCAUAUAUUCCAGUCUGAUCAAAAUCUAUCACAAUCUGUAUCCACUCAACUUGAUGUCAGAAAAGCCAGUGAAAUCAUGGCAGGAAUGGAUGCUUAUCGCCGAAAUCUCUACAUUUUGUCUCUUUAUAGCGAGGAGAGAUUGUUCCUUGACAAAAUGUCAUAUUCUUCCAUCUGGAAAUCGAGUCUAAGUUCUCAGGUCACCGGUGUGCCAGCUCCGGGCCAAUGGGCCCAUCUUCCACCAACCCCUUCAGCUCUGCGCGCAAUGAUGUUUCGAUCGAUGGACGAAGUAUUUGCGGCCAUCCCCAUCUCGGCCAAGCCCGACUAUAUUGCCGCUCGGGAUGUCAUUCAUCAUGUACUAUCCCUUGUCCGAGUAGUAUCGCUUCACAUGCUGGAGUCAUUUUCAGGAUGGCAAGGCGAGGAAGCCGAAGUCGAUGCGUCAACAAGUAGCCUGAAGCAUUGGAUGGAAAACAAUGCAUCCGUUGCCAGGAAAUGUCUAUGGCAUGCUGUAUGUGUUUUCAGCGCAUUGAAAGUCAAGCAGAAAUUUGCCUGCCAUGAUCCUCUCUGUUUCCUGUUUGCUUUCUUCUAUAUAUGGGCCUUCGAUACGCUCGUGGUCGCUCCUGAAAUCAAAAAACCGCAAGCUUCAAACAAGGAGAUUCGCUUGUUAGACACUAGGGAAAUUCACAUUUGGAUUGCUGAAGGGCCAAAUACUCCGCUCAAUCUUGUUGGGGUCGGGAAUCUGACGGGCAAGGCAAGCUCCUUGCGUCUGCUCACCGAGAUGCACCAAGUCUUCUCAAAACGCAAGUCCUGGCCUGGGCUUUGCCGUGGCCUUGCAUCUGGGGUUGAUCAAAUCCUGAGAAACAGACAGCUCCUCAGGAAGUCCCUCAAGAGUUCCCUCCGGGAGACAGCAAUGCCCAAGUGGCAUGAAAGAUUCUUUACUUGCUCUCUGAAUAACAUUCUUCAUUCAGAGCUGUUUUAA